AUGACACAUAGGGGCUAUGACGCCAAAGCUCAGAAAUCGUUAUCGUCGACCAAUCUGUGUAAAGACUUCGAGAAGGUGGGCGCCACUAUCGCCGUAACACCGUGUGACGUAGUCGAAGAGGCUGACAUUACAUUUUCCUGUGUUGCCGACCCUCAAGCAGCUAAAGAGAUGGUGUUUGGAAACUGUGGUGUACUCCACUGUCCGUCCCUAGAGUCGAAAGGCUACGUGGAAAUGACGUCCAUUGAUGCUGACACGUCACACGAUAUCGUCGAAGCCAUCAGCGGGAAGGGCGGACGGUAUCUCGAGGCGCAGAUCCAAGGCUCAAAAACACAAGCGGAGGAAGGCACCCUCAUUAUCCUGGCGGCGGGAGACAGGACGCUGUUCGACGAUUGCCAGUCGUGCUUUAAGGCCAUGAGCAAGAACUCCUUUUACCUUGGUAGCGACAUCGGCAACGCGUCGAAGAUGAAUUCGGUGCUGCAAGUGGUGGGCGGCGUGUCGCUGGCGGCGCUGGCCGAGGGCCUGGCGCUGGCGGACCGCGCGGGGCUCAACCAGGCCGACCUGCUCGACGUGCUCGCGCUCACGCCGCUCGCCAGCCCGCACCUCAUCCUCAAGGGCAGAGCGAUGAUCGAGUCGGCGUACUCGACGCAGCAGCCGCUGAUGCACAUGCAGAAGGACCUGAAGCUGGCGCUGGCGCUGGGCGACGCGCUGGAGCAGUCGCUGCCGCUGUCGGCCACCACCAACGAGAUCUUCAAGCACGCCAAGCGCCUGGGCUACGCCAACCACGACGUGGCCGCCGUCUACAUCCGCGCGCGUUUCUGA